CCCAGAACCCAGAACCCAGAACCCAGAACCCAGAACCCAGAACCCAGAACCCAGAACCCAUUUCAACCAGAAAUUCCACCUACGGAAAUUCCACUUUGGGAGCUACACAGCUCUACUCAUAAAUCACACCUUUACGUAUGGCCUCGUAGAACAGCCCUUUCAUAUAAAACAUAAAACAUAAAACACCAUCAACCAUCAACAAUGCCGCCAUGUCGGUUCAAUACGCCAACCCAUCGACCAACCCAUCAGUGGCACGCUCGCGAUCGCUGCGCGUUCCCGCUAAAGCGUCCUUGACCGCCCCUCAGCCUACCUCUACUGCCACCACGACUCAGAUACCCAGCUCUACUUCUAAUCUUGCUCUGUUCCUUACAAACCUCCGCCUGCUAGACCUCGAUCUUGAGCCCGACUGGCCAGAUAUAACCCUCGCGACCUUUUCAACCAAAGACGCCGUUGGCGGACAGAAGAAGCGGAUUCAAUCUGUCGAAUGGGCUCUGUAUCAGCUAUUUAUGCUAUGGGAUUACAACGAGACUCAAAAUAAAUUGCGUCCGUUCUUUCCACCUCUUGACCAGGUCCAGUCUAUCAACCUCCGAGCCGCUCUCCUCCGCGGCCUCGAACAGGCUAAGAAGAAUGGCGUCCUAGGUCGAGAUGCUGUUCUGCGAAAGACUAUGUUAGACGAAUGCAAGGGCGAGCGACUUGAAGAAGUUCUGGCCGUCUUUUCCUCGGCGGUCCUAAAGAAGCUGGUUGCCGAACGUGCGCUCAAUUCAGGUCCGGAAUACCGUCCUACUAUAUCGGAGAAAAUUGCGCUCGAGAACUGGGGUUACUCGGGAGACCGUACUGAGCUUAACGGACUCUUACUCGCCCACAAAGCGUCCUUGGGUUCUAUAUUAGCUAAGAAGAACACGGAACGAGUAAAGUACCGCGACUUUGAAGAACUGCUAGCGUCAAAGGAACAUAGCAUUGCCCGGCGAAAGGAAAAGGCCAAAGCAGAAUCAGAACGAAGCGUAGCUGAGACAUCUGAAAGGACAAGAACAGAAGUUAAUAGAAUUAUCAAGACCAAUUGGACUGGAAAUGAUCAAUGGCUUGAUAGUCUCCUAUUUAACGACACGAAUCCACGAAAGGGCGGACUCCUUGGUAGCCGUUUCGAUGAUAUCUGGGUUGGUGUUGAACAGGGGAAUGUCUCCGACCUUGAAGACCAGAAUACUGGCCUCUUGGAGCAGUUAGACAACAGGGUCCAGAUGCAGAGAGAAAGGUUGGAGAAAUGGGACGAUUUCAGGAUGAAAAUGUUUGGAAAUAUGCCACCACCGCCUACCGUGGAAGCGAAGAGAACGACUAAGCCAAAGAAUGUUGGUUUACGCUUCACGGCUCAUCAGAAGCUGAACACCGACCAGGUGCGCGUGAAAGACAAGCUGCCCCUAAACGCAGCACCUGCACAAUACCGCACGAUAGUCAGUAACAUGAAAGCUGAACUUGGUUCUAUUGGAAAACCCAAGAUUCCGGAUUUUUCUAGUCUACUAGGAGGUUCGAAUAGAAGCUCGGUAAUCGAUGCUUCAUACACUACAAAGCCAGAGGAAAGAGCCGAUGCGAUUUCUGAUAUUAGCGAAUGGGAAGAUGAGGCUGAAGAAGUACGACCAAUUGAAAAGCCUGUACAGCCCACCGGCGGGCGCCGUUAUCGUCUUGUUCCUCCCAAGGCUAGCACUGAAGCUCAGGGGCAGGCACAUGUGCCAAAGGCGCCCUCGAUUGACGUGCCAUUCAGCCGAAACAAGAAAUUCUUCCCAGAUCUUUCACCCAACUUUGAGCCUGAGCCGUUGGAACAGACGUCAUCUUCGCACCUUCAAGUCCCGACGACUAGUACGCCCAAGAGGCAAGAAUUAAGGAAGUUGGAUACUAUACCUCAAAUCAUCACAUCGUAUAGUGCUGCUUCCCCUGAGGUAUCCCCCGAACCAUCCCCUACCGAUAAGAUGGUAGAAUCCUUGUCUCCACCGGCCCCGGUUUCUCCAACGCAGGCCAUGGCCGACGAAAUAUUGCAGUCCAUGUCAAAUGCAUCCCCAUCUCCGAUGAAGAAACAGCGUCACACCCUUUCUCUAGCUGAGAGAACUCGCUUGUCUAUGACACGAACUCAAUCUUUUGAAAAGGAGGAUGAAGUAUCUCAGCCGUCCCCUACAAAAUCUACGCACACGCAGAACAGUAGUGAUAAUAAUACAAAUCACCUGCCGGAGAAGGAUGAAUACGAGGAUCUAGUAGCCCGUACUAGACGAUCCAUGGUUGGCUUCGAAGCCGCGCGACAAAAGGCCCAACUAGAGAGGAGGCGAUCGGAGAGGAAGAGCAAGAUGAUACAGAGGAAGGGCGAUCAGUUCCCAAAGCUUCAGGAAGAGAAUUUUAACGACACGUCAAUUAUCGAGGAGCUCCUCGACGGGGGCCAGGAGGAUUACGAGGCUGUGUUCCGGAGCAGGCCGCGCGUGCAGACGAGCCCCUUACCUAGCCCUUCCAAGGCAUGGAAUGGGGAGUAAAUGAUUGAGUAAGAUGAGAUAAGAUGAGGUAUAUGCUGUCAAAUAACGCUUUUGCUUAGUUUAGGGGGCUACUGUUAGGAAUAUGAUACCAAAUUGAUGUUUCCCUUUUCAGGGGUGUUUGAGAAAAAGGUUGCUCGAAUACAUACCUACCUACCUAGGUAUAUAUAUGUUGUCUCUUGUUAUACAGGACUUCCCUCUAGUAUUUCGAUGUAAUAGCUACAGUCUCAACCAUACGUAUAAUCAAACUAAUCACCAUAAUUAAUCAUAAAAAACCAACGCCCUAGCCUCAAUACUCUCCCGCGCCUCCCCAUCCUUGUACUCCGCAUCCUCGAACGCGCUAUGCGGCGCGCGUCGCGCCGGCACCCCCGUCUCCGAGUCGAAGCAUUUUAUAAGGAGCACCUCGUCGGGCUGCUGCGCGUGCUUGUAGUACCACCGGUGCGUGGCGCGCGGCAGGAUCGUCCAGGUUUCGUCCCGGUCCGCGGGGUAGAUUAUCGAUGCGGCGACUAAGUCGGCGUCGGGGAUCGAGGACCCGUCGGCUACGCCUAGGGGGUCUUUGAGGACGGGGCGGAUGGGGCGCCAUAUCUGUUUUUGGGAGGGGGGUGGUUAAGGUUUCUGCUUGUACUGUUGUUUUGUUGGUGAGGGAGAAAGGGGGGUAUGGAGGAGAGGAUAGGAUGUAUGGAGAAAAAAGGGGAAGGGGAAGGGAAAGGGAAAGAGAAAGGGGGCAUACGUUUAUAAUCUGAUACCGCUGUU